UUCCCUAAUGCAUGCUGUAAUGAUUCCAAAUCAGAAUUGAAGCGGAUCGUCGAGAGAUAGGCCUAGGCUAUAUAAAUACACUGAUGCAGUAUUGUAAAUGAACAUUGCAUGCUCCUUCACUUUAAAAUUAGUAUUAACAUUGCUUUCCCUCCAAGACGUUGGCCACAUGGAUUCUGAACAAGAAACCACCACACAGACCAUGGAAAGUUUGGACUGUGCCUCCAUGGAUACUGACGUCAUAAUGUCCAAGCAGGAAAUGGGAGAAUGUGAUGAAAAUACGCAAGAAAACAUCAGCUCGAAAGAAACUGAACCAGAAAAACUUAUCCAAUGUGAAAAAAAGGAAACAAGUGAAAGUAAAAGAAGAAAACAAGAUAAGUUUGAAGAUGGGGAAGAAAAGGAGGUAAAAAUGUUAGAAGAUGAAAAUGAUGAUACCAAAGAGCAAACCAUUGAACAUAAAAUGAGAAAACAAACUGAAGCUGAAGAUGCAAAGGAAAAGGAGAAAGAGAACCAUUUAAAAGAUGAUAAAGAAGAAGAGGAGAAAAUGUCAGAAGGUGAAAAUGAUGAUACAAAAGAGCAAUCCAAUGAAAAUGAAAAGAAAAAGCAGGCUGAAGCUGAAAAUGUGAAGGAAACAAAGGAAGAAAAAAUUUUUAAAAAUGAUAAAGAAGAGGAUAAAAUGUCAGAAGAUGGAAAUGAUGAUACAAAAGAGCAAUCCAAUGAAAAUGAAAAGAAAAAGCAGACUGAAGCUGAAAAUGCAAAGGAAACAAAGGAAGAAAAAAAUUUUAAAAAUGAUAAGGAAGAGGAUAAAAUGUCAGAAGAUGGAAAUGAUGUUACAAAAGAGCAGUCCAAUGAAAAUGAAAAGAAAAAGCAGACUGAAGCUGAAAAUGUGAAGGAAACAGAGAAAGAAAAAAAUUUAAAAGAUGAUAAAGAAGAGGAGAAAAUGUCAGAAUAUGGAAAUGAUGAUACAAAAGAGCAAUCCAAUGAAAAUAAAAAGAGAAAACAAACUGAAACUGAAGACAUGAAGGAAACAGAGGAAGAAAAAAAAUUAAAGGAUGAUAAAGAAGAAGAGGAAAAAAUGUCAGAAGAUGAAAAUGAUACAAAAGACCAAUCAAAUGAAAAUAAGAAGAGCAAACAAACUGAAGAUAUAAAGGAAGAGGAGAAAGUACAUAAUUUAAAAGAUGAUGAAGAUUUAAGUGAAGAAGAGAAAUUUGAGGAGAUAAAAUUUCCAGAUACUCUGGAAGGCUUCAAUUAUAAAUUUAAUUCAGAUGGUCAACUUCGAGAUACAGAAACCGAUGAACCAUUCCAGUUUGUUAUAAAGCCUGAUGAUCACUACUAUAACCAGAAACGUUAUGAAGCCCUUGGAGAAAUUCUGAACAACCAUGUCUAUGAUUUGUUGGAAUCGGAAUGCAAUUUGAAAAGAAUCCCAGUUCCUCUUGACACAGACAAAGAUGCUGUUAAAGGAGAGCCAAAGAGCUUUGUGUUUGCCAGCGAAAAUGCUCUUACGACUACAGGCAAGUUGAUGAUAUUGAUUCAUGGUAGUGGCGUCGUCCGUGCGGGACAGUGGGCCAGGAGGCUCAUUAUCAAUGAUUGUCUGGACAGUGGAACACAAAUACCUUAUAUUAAAAGAGCAAAGGAGGAAGGAUAUGAAGUUCUUGUGUUAAACACGAAUGAGAAUGAAAGUAAAGAUGGACAAGAAAUAAGGGGAAGUGAAACACCGGUCAAACAUGCCUUAUAUGUUUUUCAGCACUUACUCAAGCAAACAGCGCCUUCUAAACAUAUUGCUAUUGUUGCUCAUAGUUAUGGCGGGUGUGUUGUGUUAAGUCUUAUUGAAAAGAAUUUAUUAGAUAAGUCAGUGUUUGCAAUUGCGUUUACUGACUCUGUUCACCAGCUCCAGUACCAAUUGAACAGUCCAAUGCACCAGUCUUGGCUUAUUCAGCGGGCUAGAAAUUGGGUGUCCUGUGACAAGGAACUUGAUGAAAAACUACAAUUUUUGUCGUAUAAAAGAGAUGUCGAUCGUUAUUCAGCUGGUACGACAAAACAUGAAGAGACGUCAUGGAAAGCAAUGGAGUCGAUCUUUGAAUAUUUAAAGACUAAAGAACCCAAACAAUUGCAGAAAAAGAAACCAGUAGCUACCAAAAAUGUGGAAUCAAAGGAAGUUGACACCAAGGAGGAAAAACACGAGGAGCAAAAUCCUAAGAGAAAAAAGUCUGAUGAGAAAAAAUGAUAGAUUAUAAAUCUUAAAAUUUGUGAAUAUUUUAAUUGGCAUGUCAUCAAAUGACAGAUGUGAGGUCGACAAUUUGUUCAUGUUUGCUUAAUCACCUAAUUGAGUCACUAAACUAUUAUUAGACUCAAGUUUAUUUUUGUUUGUUUUUUUUAAUUCACAAGGCUCUUGAAGCUACUACUGUACUAAGUAAAAGGGUACUGUACAUAAUAGGUUUGUAGCUGUAGACAGCUAAGGGAGGGUGAUAGAUAUUAUAAGGGUAUGUGAGUGGUAAAAUUGGUGAACUCUUAAACAGUAAGAGCUAAAGGAACUUUUCGUUGAUGAGCUAUGCUUGAUACGAUUAUUACAACAUGUUCAUAACCAUAAUUUGUUUGUAUGAAAGUACCUGUGGGUUAGAUUUGUGCCUAUACCAUAUGGUCUAGUGGUAUGGUACUCGCCUUGAUAGCGAGAGGCUGCAGUUUCGGAUACUGGCAGAGACACUUUAUUAUACAAUGAAAAAGGAUCUUUUUGUUGGAAGGGCUAUACAAUUAUAACACAUUUUUACUAUUACCAGCAUAGCCUAAAUCUAAGAUGAAAUGGCACAUAAUUAAUUAUGGUUAUAUGAUUGCCCCUGCUAAGGACCUUGCACCCUCACUAAUUUGAUUGUAAGAGGUCAUUAUUUUGUAAAGUAAAAAAAACUUGUGUGGUAAAUUUGUUGCAUGAACAUUCACCGUUGUUUUAUAAUCUAAAGAUCAAUGCCAGAGUAUUGAUAAUAUUGUAACUGAAUUCAUCUUUUCAUGAAGAUCAUUUUUAAUGAAGAACACUAUCAAUAUUCAAAAUAAAUUAGUAAAUUACAAAUGCAUUAUUUUAACGUAUGUUGUUUAAUGACCAGAAGUGUAUUAAAUACAUUUUGUAAACACAUGACAUAUAGUAUCCCUCAGAAUGUCAUUGAGAGAUUGACAUGAGCUAAAACCUCUGUAAAACUGGAUUUUAAACACAGAUAGAUGAUAAGUCUAAAGUGCUAUAUGUUAAGAGUUGGGUGUCUACAAAAACACAGAUAUCAGGGGCGGAUCCAGGAUAGAUCUGCUGGGGUUACACCUACAAGGACCUUGGGUCUGAGGGAGGAGGGGUAUACCCCCACCCCGAUUGGCUGGGGGCCGCCAAGGGCCCCAGGAAGCUUUGCAUUUACCACAUAUCAAAACAACUUUGGACGGUUUAAUAAAGGAAGCAAAUACAGUUGUAUUGUCAGCAUUGUUGGUAUUUACUUGCAUAGACACAGUAAUAUGAUGCACUGGGCAAUGAACAAUACUAGAUGGUAGGCCCAUUUUUCGAGUAUCUAGAUACCGGUAAUCAAACAAAACAUAAAAAAUGGUCCUUAAAUCUGGCUAUUAACCAUCUAUGUAUGCAGCAUCUGCAUUUAAAAUGAUAUAAAUGAACUUUUAUACCCUUUUUUGAGUAUUUGAUCACUAGUAUAUUAAAAUGAUAAAAAACUUGACUAUUAAUAUAAACGAUAGACCUACACGAUACAAUAUAUGAUAUUUGCAUUUUGGUAUUCGAUCUACUGAUUGAAAAACGUUCCAAAAGACAAAUCGGCGUCGGGGAUAUAAUGUGUUCGUGUGAAUUGAGCAGAAAAGUGAAUACUUUCUGUCGGUGAUUUUCUUGAACAAUGUAAAGAUGUAAUUAUCAUUGUUAUUUAGUUUAAUUAUUAAUAAUUAUUAUUAUUAUUAUUAUUAUUGUAGUUGUUAUCAAACUUAGGCCAUAGGCCUAGUUAUUUUUUUCUUUUAAUAUUUUUAAAAGAGGGCGUGGCGGCUGCCAAUGAUGGGGGACGAGCGGCCACUUCUCCCCUGCUAGAGACCUGCCACUCAGUGCAGAUAUCUGAGUUUUAAAACUAGGAAACUGAGAUCUGAGUUUCUAGAUCUGAGUUUUUAGACACCCUGUAAGAGUCGAUUGAAUUGGCCUACAACAAUGAGUUAUUUCCCACGAGUCCAGAUUUCACGAGGGAUGGUUAGUCGGAAGAGACCAGAUGCCCAGUCCUGAUGAGGCUAAUUAAAGAAAGGCCUACGUUUAUGCUUCAACAAUAUAAUUAAUUAUUGGGGUUGUUACAUUUUAUAUACUUUUGUAGUAAAACAUGUUCAAAU